AUGUUGCUCAGGCGUGGUGCAAAUCCGAAUUUUGAACAUGUUAUUGUGUUUGAAGGAGAUUUGUUCCGCACGACACCUUUAGGAUUGGCUUCUGGACAUGGCCAUGCGGAAGCCAUGCGUGUUUUGCUCAAAUCAUCUGCAAACAUCAAGUUUCCUCUUGGGGUAGAUGGGUUUAUUCCUCAUCUAGUACCCGCUGUUUCUAAUUGCCACGUCGAAUCAGUUCGCCUUUUAUUAAGUGCAGGCGCACAUAUAGAGGCUGCGAAUAAUUUCAGACUCAAGUCAGAUAAUCGCGAAACGACCCUCAUUGAAAGAGCCCAGGUUCAGCAAGGAAUGUCAAUAUACCGAAUGCUUUUCGAUGCAGGGGAUAGCGUAAGCUCGUUUGCUAUGCAGAACUUCCUCUCCCUCCAGGUUAUGUGGCACUGGAAGCAUAAAAAUUCAAAUGAGUUGCUCGAGGUAUUGGCUCUUGCAAAGCAGUCAGGCCUUUUUAUAAAUGGCAUCGAAUGCGACAGUGUUGAAAGAUUUCUCCAAAGUAUGCUUCAGAAAAACAGCUGCGAUGUGCCUCGUCUACUUAGGCUUGCUGGUGCUCCAGUUUCUGGAAGACAGGCCCCUUUGAAUCUCGAUAUUCCGACCGUGACGUUGCUCGAUCACUUGGGAGUACUUUCAAGUAUUUUAUCGACCAACGGACAUAUGAUCUUGAUCAAUGCGAUUCUAGCAGAAGAUGAAAAUCUGAUGCUGCGCUUUACAGAAAGAAUCUGGAUCUUGCAAAUGUUCUCAUCAAACGCGGGGCUCCUAUGUCACCAAAGUGAGCUCAGCACCAUUGUCUGGCAGGCAUGCGUAACGAGUGACGUUUCACUUGUUCAAGAGCUUAUUGGGACAUUGAAGUCUCGUUUCUCAGCACCUACUGCCAUGGCUAUAGCAGUUCGAGCGAAGAAAGACGCCCUCAUGUAUCUGCUGCUGGAGGCUGGAUUCAGCCCAAAGGGACUAGUCACCUGGCCAAGCUCUAACAUAAUCCCUGAGGAAGUUGAAGAUACGACUGAUUGGUGGAAUCUUCCGACCGCAAUGCCUCAAUCCUCUCUUCUUGAAGUACUAACAAAGAUUGGCAAUUUCUCUCUAUUGAAAGCAGUUUUGGAGAAAGCGCCUUGGACUCCAAUAGAGAUUGGCUGUGCGCUUUUAGCUAGCAUACGGUGCAAUAACAUGCAGAUUGUCGUUUACUUGCUCAACGCCGGCGUGGCUAUAAGUAACGACGCAGUCAUCGCUGCAAUUGAGUUGCAGGAUAUCUCAUUGGUUCGGAGACUAAUUGCAACUGGCAUCAAUCUAAAUACCAGUAGUGACGACCUGGAUUGGACAUACACACCUCUUCAACAAGCAGUUAAAUCAAACAACAUGGAUCUCGUGAAAUUGAUACUUGAAGCUGGCGCAGACGUCAAUGAGCCUCCCGCUCCUGUCAACGGUGCAACCGCCCUACAGCUUGCUACUAAAAGCGGCAACAUGGAUCUGACAAAGAUUAUUCUCGAAGCAGGAGCUGAUCCCAAUGACAAGCCUGCCGGAAUAAAUGGAGCAGACGCACUUCAAAUAGCUGCGACGAAUGGUUUCAUAGGAAUUGCCCGCCAGCUCCUUGAUCAAGGCGCUACUAUCUAUAAACCAAACCUUGGCGAUGAUCAUAAAUCAGCUUUAGUCUUGGCUGCAGAGAAUGGCCGCCUUGAUAUGAUACAGCUUUUGGUUUUUGAAGGGAACGUCGCUCAAGGCCCCCUUCAAAGACAAGUCAUCCGUGCUGUCGCAGCGGCAGAAGAGAGAGGCCAUUACUCUGCUGCAAGAUUUCUCAAAGGAAAGGUUCAAUGGCAAAAUUUGCAUACAGGGAUCGUUAGCUCCAAUGUUCCAGCCAAAAUGGUCCAAUCUGGGGGCCAUUAG